CCUGUCUCCCACGAAGGCAUCUGUUUCAGUCUGUCUCUCCGCGAGAUGCAGCACCAACAGAGGGGAGAGGGGGAGACGACGAGCCCGGAGAGGGAGGGAGGCAGAAGAAAGAGAGAGGUGUGAGGAAGGAGAAGAGGCAGAGCUAAGAGAGAGAAAAAAGGACGGAAAUAAGAAAAGAAAAAGGAGUGAGCGGAGGAUAAGCGAGAGGACGGCGGGAUGCGGCUGUAGCAGCAGAGCUUGUGACUUCUGAACAGUCUCGGAGAUGGUUUAGACAUAUCAUCCUGGCGUUUGACUCUGAGCAUCUCCAGCGCGCGAGCGUGUGUUUGAAUGUGCGCGUGAAGCCAUGGCGAGUGCUCAGCCGGGGGUCCACGCACUGAAACUCCAGCCUCCUUGCGUCUCACACACCCUGAGGAACGGAAGCAACUUCAUUAAAUGGGAUGAGGAUUUGUCCACAGUUACUCCAGUGACUCUACAUGUGGAUCCUCAUGGAUUUUACCUCUUCUGGACUGACCAAAACAAGGACACAGAGUUGUUGGACCUGAUCUAUGUGAAGGAUGUCAGAACUGGUAGAAGCACCAAACCUCCCAAGGAAGCCAAGCUGCGGGAGCUGCUUGAUGUGGGAAACCUCGUUGGUCGGUUGGAGAACCGCAUGGUCACUGUGGUUACCGCCUCAGACCUGGUCAACAUCAGCCAACUGAACUUCAUCGCUUCGCAGGAGGACGAAGCCAAGUUGUGGUGUGAGGAGGUGUUUGCUUUGGCUACUAACCUGCUGAGCCUCAAUCUCAAUAGAGACCACAGUCUGCUGAAAGCGUAUGUCAGGCUGACUCUUCAGCCGAACGCAGAGGGAAAAAUUCCUGUGAAAAAUAUUGGCCGGCUGUUUUCAUCGGACAGAAAGAGAAUUGAGAAUGCCCUCGAGAGCUGCAAGUUGCCAUAUGGACGGGGUGACAGCAUCAAACUGGAGGACUUCACCUUGGAUGUUUACAGGAACUUCUUGGAGAGUCUGUGUCCUCGUCCUGAACUCGGCAACAUCUUCAAACUGCAAGGAGGCAAGGGUGGAGGGAUGUCCAUCGAUCAGAUGACCGAGUUCAUCAACAACAAGCAGAGAGACCCGAGGCUUAAUGAAAUUCUUUACCCCCCUCUUCGCCCCGCACAGACACGCACUCUGAUGGAGCGUUACCAACAUGACCAGGAAAAUCUAAAGCAAGGUGUUAUCUCUCUCCAGGCUUUUUCCAGUUAUCUGUCCAGUGAUGAGAACAGUGUCAUUCCUCCUGAGAAACUGGAUCAGUCUGAAGAUAUGAACUUUCCUUUGUCACAGUAUUUCAUAAACUCAUCGCAUAAUACGUACCUUACAGCGGGCCAGCUGGCAGGAAGCUCCUCGGUGGAGAUGUACCGGCAGGUUUUGCUGGCCGGUUGUCGCUGUGUGGAACUAGACGUGUGGAAAGGGCGGACCGCUGAGGAGGAGCCGGUCAUAACUCACGGCUUCACCAUGACCUCUGAAAUCUCCUUUAAGGAGGUGAUUGAAGCCAUCGCAGAAUGCGCCUUUAAGACUUCACCUUUUCCUGUCAUACUUUCAUUUGAAAACCACGUCGACUCCUUGAAGCAGCAGGCAAAAAUGGCCGAAUAUUGUCGCUCUAUUUUCGGAGAAGCCUUGCUGAUCGAUCCUCUGGACAAAUACCCGCUGGAGGCGGGCGUCCCUCUGCCCAGUCCUCAGGAGCUGAUGGGCAAAAUCCUCAUCAAAAACAAGAAAUCUCACAAACCCGCCAACACCGCCGACACCAAGAGGCUAAUUGACCAGCCUGCCAAUCAGAGCAAUGAACCAGUGUCUCCUAGCAACAACACGGGAGACAUGGAGGCUGAGAGUGAGGAAGAUGAUGAUGAUGAAGAUGAUGAUGGUAAAAAGGGCUCUGCAGAGCGAGAGGCUGUUGCUACGGAGGAGAUGUCAACUCUGGUAAACUACGUCCAGCCGACCAAGUUCAACUCCUUUGAAGCAUCAAAGAAGGCAGCCCGCUGUUACCACAUGUCGUCUUUUGUGGAAACCAAAGCUUUGGAGCACCUCACAAAGUCACCAGUGGAGUUCGUGGAAUAUAAUAAAUCCCAGCUGAGUCGUAUUUACCCAAAAGGAACCAGAGUGGACUCGUCAAACUUUAUGCCUCAGCUGUUCUGGAAUGCUGGAUGCCAACUUGUGGCUCUCAACUACCAAACAAUUGAUUUGUCCAUGCAGCUGAACCUCUUCAUGUUUGAGUACAAUGGCCGCAGUGGCUACCGACUGAAACCAGAGUUCAUGAGGCGUCAUGACAAACACUUUGACCCUUUUACAGAGAACACAGUGGAUGGCAUCGUAGCUAAUACUCUCUCUGUGAAGGUCAUCUCAGGCCAGUUUCUGACUGAACGGAGGGUGGGUGUGUAUGUGGAGGUGGAGAUGUUCGGACUCCCCGCAGACACUAGGAGGAAAGCUCUAAAGACUAAAACCUCCCAGAACAACAACGCUGUCAAUCCAGUGUGGGACGAGGAGCCCAUCGUCUUCAAGAAGGUUAUUCUUCCGACUCUGGCCUCUCUGAGAAUUGCCGCAUUUGAGGAAGGAGGAAAGUUCAUCGGCCAUCGAAUUAUUCCAGUGUCUGCCAUCAGACCAGGCUAUCGUUACAUCGGCUUGAGGAAUGAGAAAAACCAGUCUCUGAUUUUGCCAGCUGUGUUUGUCUACAUUGAAGUCAAAGACUAUGUCCCAGAUACAUUUGCAGAUGUGAUCGAGGCUCUGUCCAACCCGAUCCGGUAUGUUAACCUCCUGGAGCAGAGAGCCAAACAGCUGGCAGCUCUGACUCUGGAGGACGGAGAGGAGGAGGCGCAGAUUGAGGAUGAGAUGGACACGGGAGCAGAGCGGAAGAACGACCUGAAACCGGCUCCGCUGGAAAACGGACUCAGUCCCACCUCAGGUCCAACGGGUCACACCCCCGUUGCUACGACACCAAAAGCCUCCGCAGCCCAUCAGCAAGCAGCUACAACUGAAGCAGCCAAACCAGCAGCAAAGACUGAAGAUCUGGUUUUAAGUGUUUUAAUAGAUAUCCCAGCAUGCACCUUGGAUGCCCUGCAGCAGUCCAAGGUCUACCAGAAGGAGCAGCGGCGUCAGUUCAAGGAGCUGAAGGAGCUGGUGAGAAGGCACCAGAAGAAGACUUCAGAGCUCCUCCGAGAGUUCAGCAACAAGUACAAGAAGACGGCCAGGCAGUGCAGCAAGAGCAGGGCUUCGUGUCCGGAGAGUGAGAGAGACGAGCGUCUGCAGCAGCUCAGGGACGAGCAGCAGCAGCAGCUGCUGGCUCUGAGGCAGGAGCAGUACUACAGUCAGAAGUAUCUGCAGAGGGAGCACAUCAAGAUGCUUACAGAGCGGCUCACCAGUCUGGCUGGAGAGAGCCACAACUCACACAUGAAGAAGCUCAAAGACAUUUGUGAAAAGGAGAAGAAGGAGCUGAAGAGGCAGAUGGAUCGACGGAGAACCGAGAAGAUCAACCAGGCCAAGACCAAAGAGAAACAUUUGGCUGAGGAGGAGAAGAUUGAGAUCAACAAGUCCUACGUCAACGAGGUUGUGCAAAACAUCAAGCGGCUUGAGGAAACUCAAACUAAGCGUCAGGAUCAGCUGGUGGAGCAGCACAAUGACCUCCUGCAGGAGAUCCAAGAUCAGAAACCAAAGCUGCAGGCGGCGGUGGAGGCAGAGUUCCAGGAAAAGUUCCAGCGUCUGCCCGGCGAGAUCCAAGACUUCCUGCAGGACAGGAAGUUGGAGGGCAGAGGUCACAGCAAGUCCCGGCCAUCGACUCCCCACGAAGCUCUUUCAGAGGAGGACUGAGCAGGAAAAAUAUAGGAGGAUGCAGAGGAGUGAUACAGGAAAUGAAACUGUAGGAAACUGAGGCGCUUCACUGAGGCAGUAAAUAUUUAUAAAGACUGUUAAUUCUCUUUUUAAUGGAAAGAAACAAUCUGACAGUUUUUUAAAUUAUUAGAAGCAUGAACAGUGUUGUACUUCAGCAUUUAAUCAGAUGUCAUUGGGUCUUAUGUUCUAACAUUCUGACAACUUACUGCAUGAUUAUCUGUCUAUCUAUCUAUCUAUCUAUCUAUCUAUCUAUCUAUCUAUCUAUCUAUCUAUCUAUCUAUCUAUCUAUCUAUCUAUCUAUCUAUCUAUCUAUCUAUCUAUCUAUCUAUCUAUCUAUCUAUCUAUCUAUCUAUCUAUCUAUCUAUCUAUCUAUCUAUCUAUCUAUCUAUCUAUCUAUCUAUCUAUCUCAUGCAUCUUGCAUAUAGAACUGCUGUGACUUUCAUUACCAUUUACCCUUUACAAAGAUUUUCUCUGUGCACAAUAUUUGUUAAUUUUUAUUUUGGUACAAGCCGAAGCCAAGAUUCACACAACCAUUCUGAUUGGUCAGUUUCCCAACAGUUUAUAAGGACGGUUUUUAAAAUAUAUAUAUAAGCAAAAUAUUUGUCAGGUUUACUUGCCUUUGCCUGAGAGAACCUGAUGUUACUCAUCACCACUAAAUGCACACAUAGAACCACAAUGUAUGUUUACUAAAUACAGAUUAUUACUGCCAUAUUUUAGUGUCAUAAAUUUAUAUCUUAUGUAUGAAUGAUUUUAACCCCAAAAGGCAAUUUUCCCAUAAAAACAGGAAGUAUCUCAUUUCCAGUAACAAAUACGCAAAAAACUUUGUUGUUAUCCUGUUAAUGUUAAAAAAAAUACAAUUUCGCAAUUGUGGUGUUUUCACUAAAUAAGAAACAAUUAAAAUCACACAUAAAUAAGUCUGUUCAUGCGAUAAGUCAUUAAAAUAACACACACCGCCACGAUCCUCCUGCUACUUCCUGUCAUGUUCUUCUUCAUGGUUUCUGCCAGUAGUAACAUCCGGUUGUUGACAACAUGACUCUUUUGAUGUGAAAAAAAUGUUUCCAUUGCAGGUUUGCAGAAUACACUGACAUAGACACAGCCGAAAAACCACCUCAUCCUGGUACCAAAACUUUUUGGGAGUUUUCAGCUAUGUUGUAUAAAAUGAUUAUUAAAUCAAUGAAAUUCAGAAUAUGCAAUGUUUUACUCCCUCAUAGCUCCUGCUACUCAACAAUCAGCAGGUCAGAUGUUUGUUUCUUUGCAACUGCAUGAUGUUUUUUUCUUUAUUGUGAAACCUUUCCAGACUCAAUAGUCUGGUGAUAUGUUUACUUAUUAAAUGUUAUUUCAUGAUAUUUGAUUAAGAAGAACCACCAUGAAACAGCUCGACUUCUUUGUCGUAAAACUGUGUGCCAAAUCCAGCCUGUUCCUCUUUGUACAGUGAUUAUUCGGACUAACGUCAUUUUCCAGGUUUCCUUUUGGUUUUGAGUUUAGAAAUCUAAAGCCAGUCUGUGUGGAACAGAAGAUAUUUUCAACACAUCUGUUGAUCCUCUUGAGAAAUGUUUCAACUCAGCUCUGCUUUGGUUCCACUGAGCAUGCUGCCUUGUCCUGAGUUCCUCCACCUCUGGAAUUAUUUCUUGGUUUUAUUGAGUGCCAUUUAAAAAGAAAGAAUAAAAUGUUUGAUCUAAAAUUUA